AACUGCCUGUUCACAUUUACUUGUUUUUCCACAUGGAAAAUUUCAGACCUUUUGCAAUAUCUGAUGAUCCUAAGAACAGAGCUUGCAACAAAUUCAUACCAGAGCCGAGCAGGAAGAGAUUUUGGCAGAAGAUCGUUUUAAGAAGGGCAAAACGGAGACUUAGACAGACUUCUGAGAGGAUUGAACGAUGGCCAUAAUUAUUAAAAUUGAGAUUGUGAUUCUCAGGUGCAUGAUAAUUCAUGGGAACAAGGAGAUCGUGGUUUGUUUUACUUCAAUUACCAACUAUAUGGAGAAGCACAUCAGCUGCUUGACAAACUUCAAUUACCAAUUAUAUGGAGAAGCACAUCAGCUGCUUGAUAAAAGUUCCAUGACAGGAAAAACUAGUGAAGGUAUAAGUUUCAUUCCCCCUCGCUAAUGGAGUAUUAGAAUUAAGCAAAAAGAUGGUAUUUAUUUUUUAUGAGGCAAUAAUUGAAAUAAUUUUGGUACAAUGGUAGAGAAAAAGGAAAAUCAAAUUACUUCCUAGUUAGUAUCGAUUUCUAAGUCCAUGGAUUUCCAAAAAAUACAAUUCUACUCUUCCCUGUCAUGGUGGGAUUGGGAAAUUGCCAUUAACUGAUGGGCAAACAACCUCUAUAAAUACUUCUUUUACAUGGCUUAGGUUUUCACUUUCACUUACCCUUUUGUCUUCAGUUCAGCCUCCAUGGAAAAAUCACAUCAAAGAAGUAGGAGGAAGUCCCUUUCAAAGCCAAAGGUAGCACCUUGGCUUGUUUUCCCACAUGGAAAAGAGGGAAAGUUUCAAACUUUUUACAAUGUAAGUGAUGAGAAUAGAGCUUGCAAUAAAUUCAUACCAGAGCUGAGCAGGAAGAGAUUUUGGCAGAGAUCUUCGUUUCAAGGUUGGUUAGUAAGUGUCUGUGACGAAGAAGAUGAUCCUACCCCGAAUUUCAGUUACGGGGAUUGUUUUUGUGGAAUCCAGUAUCAAUGGAGACUAUUCAAUUACCUUCUCUUCUCCAUUGGUAUUCAUCAUUAGGGGAUGAGUAUUAUAACAAAGACUGUGUUUUGUCUUCACCGCCUCAGAGGAAUGGGAGUAGCGCUGUUGGUGAUGAUCCCAUUGUUGCUUUCCUUAUUGGUACAAGAAGAGGAGUCGGAAAGGACAUUCUUGUGUAUUGUCGCCCUGGUGACGAAGACUGGAAAACGCAGAAAAUCACUGAUAUAUAUGACUUGAGGGAUCUAAGAUCGAUGCUUUACUUUAAAGGUAAGAUAUAUAUAUAAUGUGCGAGGGUGAUGAACAUUUAGAGAUGGAUAUGCAACAUGGGUCAUGUGGGCAUGAUGUUGAUACAAUCCUCUCUAUGUGUAAAAUUGAAGUUAGUGAUGAUAUAAGAGGCUAUACAGUGGGAGGAAUUUAUGAUACUCAAACAGAAACAUAUUAUGUGGAGUCUUUUGAUGAAAUAUUCAGAAUUGAAAGAAUUUUCCUCACUAGAGGUGUUUAUGAAUAUUAUGUAACUAAUAUGGUGAUAGCAAAGUUGGAUUUCUCUUCGAUGUCUUGGGUGGAAGUGAAAAGUUUGGAUGAUCAUGUCUUAUUUCUGAGCCAUUCUUCUGCACUGUGUUGCUCGACCAAGGAGUUGGGUUUUAGUCGGGGUUGUGUGUAUUUUACACAAAUAGAGGAAAUGAGCUUGUACAAGUAUGACUUGGAAAACAAAAGUAUAAUGCUUUCUCUACCAUGUCCUGAUCUUCCUAAGCCAUGGUUCCCUCCUGAGUGGCUCAUGAUUCCCUCAACUUUUAGUAGGGUCGAUGAUAAAGGAAGAGGGACAAAUCGAAUAGGGACAGAACGUGUGUUAGACAAUGAUGAUGAGAAAAAGGGUAUUGAGGAAGCAAGACCUUGGGUUACACUUGAUGAUGAUGUGGUGUGGUCGAUAACAAGCCAUCUAAGCCCGUUGGAUUACAUACAUUUACGUGCUGUUCGAAGAAACUAUAGGUCGGUAUUUCCUUUAGUGAAUUGGAGAAGAUCCUGUUCUACUAGGAAUUUACAACCCGCUGAACUGUCUCCAUGGCUGGUUUUUGCCAAGGAUAAGGAAGCCGUUUUAUAGUUUCAUAAACCCGAUGCAUAAUAAUGAGAAUUACCUCAUGAGCAUCCCUGAAUUGUUAAAGGGUUCAACGAUUCGCUUCUCUAAAGGCGGUUGGUUACUCUUGUCAAAAGGUUACCAUAGUUUGUUCUUCUACAAUCCCUUCACAAAGGAAAUUAUGGAACUGCCGGAUGUACCUGAUGGUACAGAUUAUAAGUUCCGAGGUAUCUCAUUCUCGUCAUGGCCAACUUCUUCAGAUUGCUCAGUUUUUGCCAUAAGAAACUACGGGAUAGAUGAAGUAUUUAUCUCCUUCAUUAAACGGGGAGAUGAAACGUGGACAUGUGGCAUCUUAGAUAAUGUUUAUUUGCCUCCUGGUAAGAAAGAUAUUGCAUAUGAGCCAACUCUCAACUGUCCAAUAUUCUCCCGUGGAGCUUUCUAUUGUUUGAAUCUGAGUGGAGCUUUAGGAGUAUUCAAAUUCGAAGAAAAUGGCAUUGCCUGGGACAUUCUUUCCAUGGUUCCCCGGUCUACUUGUGGUUUUAUCAAUAAGAGUUAUUUGGUGGAGCUUGAAGGAAAGCUUUUAUCUGUACUAUUAGGCCAUUUCGGAAAAUGGGUUCGGAUAUUUAGAUUGGACAUGUCGGAAAUGGUUUGGGUUGAAGUUGAAAAUUUAGGACAGCAUGCGUUGUUUAUUAGCAAUACAUCUUGUAUCGCAACAGUUGCUCCGACUAGUCAAAUGGAGAACAAAAUUUACUUUCCUAGGUUGCACAAUGAAGGAAUUUUAUUUUAAUCUCUUGAUUCUGGUAAAUAUCACACUAUAGAGAGCAAGCAUUACGGUAAAGAUUAUUCUAACUCGACAGAGAACUUGAGGUGCAGCUGGAUACUACCUAAUUGGUCAGAGACCACACAGCCAAUUAACUGGUCCGCACAUUUUGAUCAACAUGGAUAAAUUAUUUGAUUA